AUGAACUCAGAUUUAUAUCUAAGUCCACAAGCUGGAUUGUUUGAGAGCGCUGCUUUUAUCGAGGAACAGAAUAACGAAGUAAAAUCACCAGCAUUACCACGAUUUAAUCCUUCAUCCACACUACUAGCAGCUGGAGAAAUUCGUGUGCAUGACGAUGGACAUCGACAAAGGUGGGAUGGUAAUAAAUGGCAAUUAUUAUGUGUUCAAGAAAAUUGUGAAAAACGCGCACAAAAAGCUCGAUUUUGCUGUGCACAUUUUAAUGAGCAUAAGAAACAAUCAGCAGCAGCGAAUGAUUUCCAAGUUUUAUUAAAAAAAUAUGUACCAAAGAGUGGAAGUAUCAAACAGGAAGAGCAAAACAAUAAUCAAACUUGCAACGACGAAUUUAUUGAAUUGACAGCGUCACCAAAUUCCUUUUUAUCAUUAAAAACAACAGCGUCAACAGCCGUUACUUCAUCACCAAAACUGGGCGAUGUCAGAGUAUGUGGUGAAUCAAAUCGUCGAUAUGUUUAUGCCAUUGGCCAAAAAUGGCGUGCUCUAUGUCAAAAAGAAGGAUGUGAUAGACGAGAAAGAAGUCAUCGACUUUGUACUUAUCAUUUCAAUGAAGAACGAAAUCAAACAAAAAAUUGUAAACAAGAAAGUUUGACAAAUACCGAUGAAGGCGGAACAAAGAGAAGAAAAACUGACUUAAUGCAAGCGUCAGCAUCAAUGGUAACAACGACUGAUACACCAGAAAAAUUUUACAAACGUCCCGAUGGUAAAUGUCAACAUCCAACAGCUUGUGAACAUGCUUCAUUUACACGUUGUCCUCAUUGCUUUAUCAAUAUAUGUUUUCCUCACUUGAUUGAACAUCAGAAUCUGGUGAAAUUACAACGUGAAGAAUUAUUUGUUCAAGCCAAUCGUACCCACACAUUAUUAAAAUCUCUCAAAUUUGAUAAUCAAAAAUAUGCUCAACACGCGCAUAUUGAAAAUGAUCGAUGGAAAGAAAUGGAAAUUAAACGAAUUCUUCGACAACAUGAUGAAAAAGUGCAAAAAAUCAAUCUAGAAUGUCAGCUCAUGGGUGAAAAAUUCCUUGAAAAUCAAACAAAAUUAGUUGAUACUUAUGCAGAAACAAUAACACCAAAACUGGACAUAUUAUCAAAACAAGUUGAUUUAUACCAAUAUGAAAUUGAUGAUGUUCAAUUAAGUUUAGCAUCAUUUCAAGAAUUCGUUCGAGAAUUAAGCAAAAUGGCCGAACAAGAACAACAACAAAAUGCAGAAAGUGAUGGUGAUGCCGUAAUGAGCUAA